GUUUGUCCAUGUUCCAACAAGGAUAUGGUAGCACCAAACUUGAUCCAUAUUGGACCAUAAGGGCUAUUUUCACGGAAUCUUUUUGGUGGCCACAAAGAAACGAAUCCAUACGUGGAUGAUUAAUCACAAGCACAAGCCCUGUUCAUCCUUAAAUCACCACCACCACCACCUUCACCUUACCUUUAUUCCACUUUACACAACCUACUAGAAGCACCCUUAUUCUCCUUAUUUGGUUGAUUUUCACUAUCUUUAUCAUCUCAAUUUCACCAUGCUAGAAGGCAAGGCAGUGAUUGGGGAGACCGACAUGCUUCAAACCAUGCAACAGGAUGCCCUUAAUUUGGCAUCCAAAGCAUUGGAUUUCUUCGAUGUCACUGAGGCCAUUGACAUAGCCAGGUUUAUCAAGAAGGAAUUUGAUAGGAUUCAUGGACCUGCAGGAUGGCAAUGCAUUGUAGGCACUGAUUUUGGUUCGUUUGUGACCCAUUGUUGUGGCUGUUUUAUCUAUUUCUGUAUAGGCAACUUGGCAAUUCUGCUUUUCAAGGGUUCCGCGGCUCCAUAGGCACAACAAAAUCACUUUUCACCAUUAGAGGCAGAUAAAAAAAUCUUCAUUUCUUUCUAUUCAUAUUUAUGUAUUUUUUUAUAGAAAAUUUGCUAGUGAUACUCAUUUUGAUACUACUCUUUUUAUUAUUGGAUGUCACUUACUGAAAA